AUGGCCUCACGUGGUGAAGUGAAGCGUAGAAACAAGGAUAGUGAACUUGAUUGCAGAGCUCUUAAGCUGUCCACAUGUAAAAUCAAGAAGGUUGGGAUUGGAGGCCCUCUAAUUAAUUUUGGUGGGAAUCUCGUCGGCAUGAACUUCUAUGAUGGGCAUGAAGAAACUCCUUUCCUGCCAAGGAGUAAGGUUGUCGACGUUUUAAAGAAAAAGAUUGGUCUAGCACUAUCAUCGGAAAGAGGAUUGAACCAGCCUGAGGAAAUACAGGGAGGGUGGAAGGAAAAUAGGUGGCCCGUGCCCACGCCAUAUUGGUAUCAUGGUGUACUUGAGGUGGAUAGGUGGAUUUUACCGGACGUUCAUGGAAGGAAUCUCCAAUAG